AUGGCGCCCGUCAUAACAUCUCCGCGCAGCCUUGCGCGCGAUGCAAUUCCAAAUUCCUUCGACCACCACAUGCGCUCGUCGCCCUUUGCCACGGCGAGGCGACAAUCGGAACCGCUAUCGACAUGGUCAUCGCGCACCAUGAUUGCCCGCAGCGCAGCCGCUGUCGCCCCUCGGUCACCGUCCUCACAACACCACCAUAACAACCAUUACUACCGUGAUCUCACACCGAGACUUGAUGACAAUGCCGACAUUGUGCCCGAGACAUACGGCGCGCCCUCGGGCCCCAACGCCGGCACCGUCGUGGGCAUCGUGCUGGGGUCCGUAGGCGGAUUCUUGCUACUGCUCUGGCUCAUUUACUCCAUCGCCAACCUGGGCAACGGGCCCCCGGCCGUGCUUGAGACGGCGUCAGUGGGCGGUACGGAAUCGGUGGUGACGCGCAAGUCGCGAAGGCGGCAGAACCGCAGCCAUCGACGGGGCUCGGCGUCGGUGCGCGAUCGCCGCGAGACGGUCGAGGUCCGGAGAACCGAGCGCGUGGUCCCGGUACCCCCGGUGACCACGGAGCGCAUCAUUGUCGAGGAGCGCAGCCGGAGUCGCCAGCCCAUGCCCGGACCGCCUCCGCCUGCACCCCCUCCGCCCAUGGCCCCGCCGCCGCGUGUGGUGCAUGACGACAGCGACGACGAGGUCGUGGUGAUUGAGGAGAACUCGCCGCCGCGUCGGCGCGAUAGUCGGCAUCACCACCGGCGGCAGAGCAGUCGGCGGAGCAGUGAGCGCAGAAGGAGUAGUGGAUAUCGGGACAUUGACCCGUAUCGAUUUGCAGGCGGUGAUGCGUCCAUCCGGAGUGUGAGUCGGCGGAGGAGUUACUCCAGGGAUCGGUGA